AUCUCUUGUAUAAAGCUGAGAUCUGUGAUAUUCUUGCAUAUUGGCAUAUUGUCUCCAGACAUAGUGAGAGCAGCUGUGAGAUCUCACAGUGUGUGUGUGUGUGUAUAGAUGAGCUAGGGCACAAAGAUGAGCCUUUUGGUAUAAAGCACCAAGUGCUGCUGCUGAAUCAAUGCUGUCACGUCCCUGGUCCCUUCAUUAGCAACGGGCAUGAUGAUGUAGAGCAGCCUGCCACCAGCAACUGAUUGGGGAUGUCGAUAAGUUCCAUAGAAGGCUGUUGCUGCUGCUGCUGCUGAUCUGCAUGUGUCUUUCCAAGUCAUUUCUCCCCUUCCUUCACCCUCCUCUGCUGCCUCCACCUCCUCAGCUCCUUCUUGAUCUUUUCCCCAUUCAGCUCAGAGCUGCCAAUGCGCCAGGAUAUAGACAUCUCGGUGCCGGGGAUGACGCAGAAGAGCGAGCUCCCCCCAAAAAGUCUUCCCGGACGAAGAUGGCGGCAACUUAGCACAGGACCAAGAUGACUGUGGCCAUCAGGAGGCAAAACCCAGGGUAUUCCGCCCAGUUUGCGAAAGAAAAGACGCCAGGCUGAAGCGUGUCGCCAGUGCGAUCUGUUGAAAUCGUCGUGCGGCUUCUCAGCCAGAGCAAGGGGGAGGCUGAUGAAAGUGCUUUGCGGGAAAGGAGCGGUUUCAGCUGGAGGAAGGGAAGAGACGUGCAGUCAGUGGGAGCGCUAUGGAUAACCGUGAUGUGACGAUGCCCUCUGCUGCUGCUGCUGCUGCUACUGCCGCCUUCAACUCUCCCUGCGCCCCAUUACUUGGAUGGAUGUAGCUCGGAUGAGCAUCGGCAGCACUGCGAGAAGUCCCAUCCUGCCUGUGCCAAGCGCAAAGGAAAGCCAAGGUAUCCAGGGAGAAGCCAACCUAGCCUCAAGUCAAUGAAUAUUGUGGUGACCCUGACAAAGGAGCCCUCACGGUGGAGUCAGCAGCGCCUUCCCAAAAUAUGACCAGGGGUGCCUGGAUGUGUCGGCAGUAUGAUGACGGCUUAAAAUUCUGGUUUGCACCCCGGGAGAACGAAAAACCAUUCACUGAUUCAGAGAGGGCUCAGAAAUGGCGACUGUCUUUAGCAUCUCUCUUGUUUUUCACAGUCCUGCUUUCUGAUCAUUUGUGGUUCUGUGCUGAGGCCACACUGACAAGGACCAGAGACAAAGAGCAGGGCACCCUAGUGUCACCCACUAUGGCUCAUCCAUUCCCAGCAGUGGAAGGACAUUCACUUUCACCUACUCUUCAAUCAACUCAAAAGAGCCCCAGAAAGGGCAAAAAAGCUAUUUUUCUAGGAAAUUCUACCAAACCUUUGUGGCUACUAGAAGCGUCUUACCCACCUAGUCCAUUUGGUCAGUGUUUUAGUGUCGACGAUGCAGAAUCUGUCUGUAGGAACUUGAGUGAGGGGGCAAGGAAGAAACCCACUCACUUCAACAUGAGUCAUUUUUACCUACCCUUUUGUAAUUCCUAUACACUUUCGGAUUUGUUUUUUGGAUUCUCCAAUCCGGACACGUUGAGCUGUAGUGGGGAUGCGGCGGAAAAGGGGGAUGUAGCUGGGUGCACGAAAUGCGUCCGGGCUUACCAAAUGCACGACCAGCACGCUCAGGAGAAAUAUGAGGAGUUUGAGCUUUUGCUACAGAAAUAUUUGCAAUCGGAAGAGUAUUCUGUAAGAUCCUGCUCUGAGGAAUGCAAGGCUGUCUAUAAGUCUUGGCUAUGUUCUGUGUAUUUUGAAGUCACCCAGUCAGAAUGCAUUAGCAAAAUCCCAUGCAAGCAAUACUGUUUGGAGGUACAAAAAAGGUGUCCCUUUAUCUUACCAGAUAAUGAUGAUGUUGUCUAUGGAGGCCUAUCAAGUUUCAUAUGUACAGGGCUGUAUGAAAACUAUCCAACCAAUGCAGAACCAGAAUGCUGUGAUGUCAGAUGGAAAUUAUUAGCAGAUAACCAAUCCAAAGGGACUAAAAAACCAUAUGACUCAACGUUGCAUCACAGGACACCCGCAGCUUCAUCAGCAUCCAGACUGUGUAACAGCAGACUUAAACUGUGUGUUCUUGUACUGAUUCUCUUACAUACAGUACUAACAGUCUCAGCAGCACAAAACUCAACAGCACCGGGUUUUGCAAGCAUCAUACUGGAAGACAAUUCAACAAAUGAGGAAUAGAAAAAAAAUGGAUUUACAUAAAAAAUAUAUAAACAGCUGGCCCAUUGCAGAAUGGUACCACAGUCAAUGAUGAAAGAAGCGAGGUGUUGGUACCUGAUAACCAAUUUUCUCAUGGCAUUCAGGAUACAGCUGAAAUAAUUGGGCCUGAUUCCAAAUUUCUAGGACACAAAGGGACAGCUUUUUAUUGGCUAAAAGGCUGUAUGAUGACUUUAAAUUUCUCACUCCAUUUUAUACACUGUGUUUUAACAUCUGGGUUUUCUUUUUUGUUUGUUUGUUUGAUUUUGCUCUUGUUAAUACAGGAAUUCUUUUUCGGGAAAGGUUUCUGAAAACGAAACCUUUUCACUGUCUAUAUAUUUCUAGUCAUUUUAUGUAUUCAUCUGAUAACAUUUUUUUUUUUAUUGUCUUGUUAGUUUCUACUCUUGGGAAAUGAAUGCUACGAAUACAUCCAUAGCAAACAAAACUGAAAAUGUCCAUUUUUUCCAUCAAACCAUUCUUUUACUCAUCUCCCCAAAGCAAAAAUAAAACAAACAUCUGCUUGG